AUGCUCGCCGCUGGGCGUGUAGCGCGCCUCUCGCGGCCAGCGCUAUGCGCCCAGCGGAAAGCUCGCCGCUGGGCGCGUAGCGCGCCUCUCGAGGCCAGCGGCAUGCGCCCAGCGCUAUGCGCUCAGCGGAUUGCUCACCGCUGGGCGCAUUGCGCCUCUCUUGCGGCCAGCUAUGCGCUCAGCGGAUGGCUCACCGCUGGGCGCAUUGCGCCUCUCUUGCGGCCAGCUAUGCGCUCAGCGGAUUGCUCACCGCUGGGCGCAUUGCGCCUCUCUUGCGGCCAGCUAUGCGCUCAGAGGCUUGCUCACCGCUGGGCGCAUUGCGCCUCUCUUGCGGCCAGCUAUGCGCUCAGCGGAUUGCUCACCGCUGGGCGCAUUGCGCCUCUCUUGCGGCCAGCUAUGCGCUCAGCGGAUUGCUCACCGCUGGGCGCAUUGCGCCUCUCUUGCGGCCAGCUAUGCGCUCAGCGGAUUGCUCACCGCUGGGCGCAUUGCGCCUCUCUUGCGGCCAGCUAUGCGCUCAGCGGAUUGCUCACCGCUGGGCGCAUUGCGCCUCUCUUGCGGCCAGCUAUGCGCUCAGCGGAUUGCUCACCGCUGGGCGCAUUGCGCCUCUCUUGCGGCCAGCUAUGCGCUCAGCGGAUUGCUCACCGCUGGGCGCAUUGCGCCUCUCUUGCGGCCAGCUAUGCGCUCAGCGGAUUGCUCACCGCUGGGCGCAUUGCGCCUCUCUUGCGGCCAGCUAUGCGCUCAGCGGAUUGCUCACCGCUGGGCGCAUUGCGCCUCUCUUGCGGCCAGCUAUGCGCUCAGCGGAUUGCUCACCGCUGGGCGCAUUGCGCCUCUCUUGCGGCCAGCUAUGCGCUCAGCGGAUUGCUUGCUCCCCAUCAAACGCUGUCUUCUCCCCUAUUCUUCACCCUCAUCCCCUGA